CCUGAGCGUAGGCCGCUCAGUCGAGUUUCAGACGUCGUCGGGUUCGGUUCGUGGCAGUUGAUUGCGCUAAAACAAGAAAUACACAAGGUUCUGUAGCUGCUGCAACUCGUCUCGCCUCUGUGAAAAUGCAAAUUUGACCAAAUACCCGGAGUGGUUGUUCUUGUCGUCGGUCACUCAGUCGGUACCUGAUCAUCAUCAUCAUCAUCCCUAUUCCCUGUAUACCCUCGAAACUCUGGGAAUCCUGGCGGGGGGCAAGGCAAACAUCGCAUCCGUUUCCGGUUCUUUCUGUUGAUUGUUACCCUGCAGUUGCUUUUCAUGAAUGAAAUUUUAAUUUCGUGUGUGCGCGAGUGAGCGAGUGUGUGAGCCACAGGUCCAGUUUGAGCCCGAACUCCAGCGGUGUCAACUGACGGCCCACCGAUCGCAUUGUCGUCAGUGCACCGUAAAGAUCUUUAUCGCAUUUUAAACACAAACGUUCUGGAGCAGAAGGCAAGACCCGACAGCCGUCAGGUAGAAAACGGAAACCAAACAUCGGGGCCGGCCAGGUUAAUGCGGUUUAUUGUUCUAUGAACGCUGCUGGCACCAUCGCUUCUCUGUUUAAGUUUCGCACGCUGAUAAAGAGGACCUCACAGCCCAUCAGAAUGCGGCCAAAGCUUAGCCCAAUUCUCAUGCUCUCGUUGCUGUGCGCGAUGGCAGCGGCCAAUGACCUCAAGGAUCUGCUAGAGGACAGCACCACAACGACCACCACUAGCACCACCCCCUCCCCAUAUUCCUCCUCCUCGCCCACCACGCCCACCGCCUAUGUGGUGUCCGCAGCCGCAGUUCCCGCCCCCGUUUCCAGCAGGUCAAAGUCCAAGUCGCCAGCCGGAAAAUAUGUCAACAAGAGCGCUCCGAGGAAACGCAAGGCGGAGCAGGUGUCCUCUUUGCCGCUACCCGUGGACGAUGGCCUCAUGGAGUGGAAGUGCCCCAAUAUCACUGGCACUCGGAACGCGGAACUCGAGUGCGGUUGCGAUUUGCCCCACACACUGCGGUGCAACAUUGAUCUGCACGGAAUGUUGCUCCUUGCGGACAGACUUCGCACCUCUCCCUACUCGAUCUCCUUGCUGGACUGUUCCCUGCGCAACGUAACUUUCCUGAGCGACGCCAAGAUCUUCGAUGGCGUUUCGCUGCAUGGCUUGGUAAUCUCCUCGGGCGAGAUUAAGCGGGUCCACAAGUCCGCCUUCCUGGGAAUCCGAGGACCUUUGCAGGCACUCGGGCUGCCGGGCAACGCACUGAUGAGCGUGCCCUGGAACGCUUUGUCUACGCUGGGCGCCUUGGAGCGCCUGGACUUGGCCAACAACAAGAUCAAGGCAUUGGGCACCGCCGACUUUGUGGGUCUGACCAGCCUGGUUUAUCUGGAGCUGAGCAACAACCAAAUCUCGAGCAUUUCCCAGCGCACAUUCGGUAAUCUUAGAAAGCUGGAGGUCCUGAAGCUGGGCGGGAAUAGGUUGGGGGACUAUGCCCAAAGCCUGAGGUCCCUGAGCCAGUGCUUCAGUCUGCGGCAAUUGGAUCUGCAGGCCAACAACCUGAAUGGACCGCUGAGUGAGCAGACUCUGCCUGGCAUGAGGAAUCUCGAGAGCUUGAAUCUCAAUCGGAAUCUGAUCAAGAGCAUCCAGAACAAGGCCUUGGCCAAUUUCUCCCGGCUGGUGAGUCUCUCGCUGCGCCACAACCAGAUCGAUGUCCUGCAGGAUCACGCCUUCUUCGGUUUGGGGGCACUGGACAGCUUGGAUCUGAGCUACAACGGCAUCGUGGCCAUCUCCAGUGCCUCGCUGCAGCAUUUGUCCCGUUUGACCGUGCUGGAUCUCACACAUAACUUCCUGCGAGCCCUAACCUCGGACUUGAUAGCACCGCUACCAUCUCUCAGGGAGCUGCGAUUGGCGGGCAACGACAUCUCCAUUGUGGCCCGCAAUGCAAUGGACGGGGCACGGGAACUGGAGAGCCUGCAGAUGCAGGAGAAUCCUCUCUCUUGCGACUGCAGCAUCCGGCCAUUCGCCGAGUGGCUGCAGGAGUCCCAGCUGCAUUCCAGCCUGAGUGCCUCCUGUGUGACGCCGCCCAGGCUGGAGGGAGCUCCACUUCUGCAGGUUCCCGUGGAGACGCUCAGCUGCGACAUGGACAACGUGGAGAAGGAUAACAACAACAUCAUGCAGCACCUGGAGACACUGGCUAAACCAAAUCAGACGUCGCCCAUCAAGGAUCUGUCCGAGGAGAUUAUUCUACACGAACUGCACUUUUCGGCUGACUAUGGCCUGAUCCUCACCUGGCUCCUGAAUCUCAGCAAAAAGGACUAUAUGUGCGAUGCAAUCUUUGUCUACAAGGAGGAGCACAUAAACGAAAUUCUCAUAGACAACUCACCGAUCCAUUGCGAGAGUAAAGUGGUCAAUGGUCAGAACACAGUGAGUGUCAUAGUGCCCGAUAGUUCAUCACUGGAAAUAGGCGAAAGCUAUCGCUUUUGUCUGGUCAUGAUCCAAGAGAAGAAACCAGAGGCGGAACUGAACAUCGGCUGCUCCAAUAUCACCCAGCUGGAGAGGAGCAGUCCGGGCUCCGUUCCCGUGUCGCGUCAGUACCAGCGACGUCCCUACUACACCGCCAAUGAGCUGAAACCGGAAGCGGUCCACGAGGCUGGCGAGGAUUACCAGCUGAAUCAGCGUCGCUUCACUUCAGUGGUCGGAAGUCAACCGCAACAGACUCAGCAGUCGACUUUGCUGCACAGCUACACGGUGAUUGAUUCUCUGAACAAGAGCUUCUUGCCGGGAUUGGGCCUUGGAGUGCUGGUCACCUCCGUGCUGGUCCUCAUCUGGGGAGCCACGAGGAUUCGGCAGGCCAAUGGAACCAAUGGCAAUGGAGGCGAUAGUAUUGGCAGCAACAGCAGCAGCGGCAGCAUGCAGAACAACAAUAAUAACAGCAGGCCGGGCACUCCAACGGCCACCACUUGCUACGCCGCCUCGGAUCACAUAGCCCGCCUGGCGGAUGCGGAGAAUGGGACGCGCUACCUCAAGCUGCAGGCCACGACGAGCUUGUGAGGCAGCCGAAGCCACCAGCAGCAGCAGGAUGUUGCUCCUGCCCACUCAAUAAACCAUGUGAUAGUACGGUUCCGACUGUACCGACUUGAGUAGUUGUAAACGAUAUACAUACGUAGCCUUAAGGUCCACUGCACUAAUCCAAAUAGUUGGCCCUCACUAACCCACUUGUGCCAUAAGCUAAUCGAUACGUAUCCCGAAACUCCCAUAUAUCCCACGAAAAUAUACAGUUGCGGUCAAAGGAAUAUUUAAAAAAAAUCUUCCAAAAUCAGAACGGGAAUUCCUAAAAAUCUACAAAAAAUGUAUUAGUCCAUUUGAAUGAAAAUAUUAAUAUUUUAACUUGUAAAAGAAUAUAUUUUUCGUAAAGCAAAAACCCUUCAAUUUAUAAAGCUAAACUCUUUGACCUCUUCUGUAAGCAAUUCCUCGAUUGGAGACGCCCUUUUGCUCCACAACUAGUGUUAACUUAGUUUACGCCUCCAUUGUGUUAGGAAUGGAACUCGUAAGUCAUGACCCUUUAGAAUUAAGGCUUUAAUAAUUUAUUAACAAAUUCCAAGCACACAAUAGAAAAGAAAAACAUAACAUCGAGUAAAUAAAAGUG